AUGAUACCGUUACAAAAACAGGUACGUUCUAUCAAAAAUAUCGUUAAUACCGUUAAUUUUUCUGCUGAGCUUGAUACAACCUUAAGCGAACACAUAAAAAAUGCUUCAAUAUUUAAAGGAACUUCGAAAGAAAUACAAAACAAUCUACAGGAUUGUAUUCUUGAAGCUGGUCAUGAAGAAAUAAUAAAACAGAUUAACAGAGCCUCGUAUUUGGCGAUAAUAGCAGAUGAAACAACGGACAUUUCGGGGAAAACCCAACUGGGAACAAUUUUCAGAUACUUGCAGAAGAGAAAAACCGAGCCAGCGCAAGUUAAAACGGCUAUCGAUAAUUUUGAUAACUGUAUUGUCGAUGAUAGAAAUAAAAUUGAUGACAUAAUAAAUGAAGCCAAAAGUAUUUGCACUGAACCCCAAGGCAACAAAAGGAGACGACGUAAUAAUAGCAGUCACGAUCACCGAGUUGCCGCAUUAGAAGUAUGCGACAAUAUAGUGAAUUCUGCAAAUGACAGAUUUCAAUUCAAAGAUCAUUUGGUAGUCGCAUCCCUUUUUUUCCCCGAACACUUUGGAGAAUACUGUGAUGUAGUACCUGCUGGGAGUACAAAAUCUUUUCUUGAAUGA